AACACGGACGAAGCUGGCUCUGAUUGCUCUGGACUCUCAGGAGUGACUUGCUCGAUUUCUUCAGCAAGAGCAAAAAUGACACUCAAAGUCCACUUGUUGUUACUUCCUCUCCUCUUCAGUGUUGCUGCAGGGGAGGGGCUCCAGGACAAAACAGGCCCAUUUGAGAACACUGCUCUGGAUGUCCCUGAGGCCACACCUGUCCCCUACGCCAUUCAUAAGUUCGAGGUACCACAUCCGGGAGUCGAUUCUUUUCGUCUGAGUGGAGAAGGAAGCGAAGACAUCAUGAUCUCACAGGACGGCUGGCUGUACCUGCAGCAACCCCUUGACUGGUCUAGAGACAAUCAUUACAUUAUUGGGGUAGAAGCUUUGGAAGGUGGCAGUGUGGUUGAGGGCCCCAUUUAUGUGACCAUAAAUGUGUUAGACAUCAACAACCACGCUCCAGUCUUCGACUCCACUGAAUACACAGCUGUGGUCCUCGAAAACACUCCAGCGGGGGUCCCAUUCACCCGUGUCGCUGCUUCUGAUCUGGAUGACCCAGCUUCUGUCAAUGCUCAUCUGAAGUACAGCUUAGUGCGCCAGAUUCCCUCCAAACACAACACAGACUUGUUUCAAGUCAACGCAGACACAGGGGAGAUCUCCACCACCCCAGAAGGGGCUCAGCUGUUGAAGGCACGGGAGGGCAUCAGGUACAGCAGAGGAGAGGACCAGAGCCUCGAGGCCUUGAAGACAAAGUUUGACCACUUCUGUUCUCCAGUGCAGACCAUCCCGUACGACGAGAACCCUUUCUUCACCUGUGUGGAGAGAGCAGAGAUCAGGAGGCGAAACAUUGACCCUGUGGAGGACCCUGACUACACCCUCAUCAUUCGUGUUCAGGAUUUGGGAGGAGAGUCUCCGAAUGCUCUCACUGGAAGCACCUACGUCAAUGUUAUUGUCAAGCAAAACCUCUGGAUCAACCCUGGACCCAUUACCAUCAAAGAGCAUCUGAAGGUGUCCUAUCCACACACCAUCGCAAAGGUUCAAUCUAAUGAUCCAAAUGCAGUGUACCGACUGGUGCAGAAAGAACGGCAGCUGAAAUUCCCCUUCAGGAUCUCUGAGGAUGGAGACAUCGAGCUGACAGAGGAGCUGGACCGGGAGGACAAGGACAGGUACACCUUGGUAGUUUUUGCUGAAGACCAAUAUGAAAACCCGCUGGACCCACCCAUGGAGAUCCACGUUAUUGUUGAAGAUGUGAACGACAAUCAGCCUCAGUGCGAUAACGAGGAGAACGUUUUUGAAGUGCAGGAGGAUGAACCCGUUGGCAGUCUGAUCGGGCAGUUGUUGGCUCAUGACGAUGAUGAGGAGGGAACCCUGAACUCUCAGCUCACGUAUUCUAUUGAGUCCGAAACUCCGCCCAACAGCGCCUUCUCCAUCGACCCCACCUCCGGAGAGAUACGCUCCCUGAAAGCACUGAGGAGACAGGACGCCAAAUCCUACCAGCUGUCUGUGCAAGUCAGCGACCCAGUUUUCAGCACACAGUGUAAGGUCGUCAUCAAGGUCAUUGACGUCAACAACGAGCUGCCACUGUUUGAGAAACAAGAUUAUGGCAGCCACACUCUGCCAGAGGACACACCUGUUGGACACACCCUGCUCACCCUGAAGGCGACAGAUGCAGAUGAGGCAGAGAGCGGCAGUUCUCAAAUCGAGUUCCAUAUUUCUGAAGGAAACGACGAUGGAAUCUUUGCUGUCGAAACGGAGGAAAACGGAGUCGGAAAGCUGGUCAUUGUGAAGCCUCUAGAUUUUGAAACAGCUUCCUCUUACAAUCUGAAGAUUGAUGCUCGUAACCCGGAGCCUCUGAUGAAGGGUCUGGAGUACGGCAGUGAGUCCUCCGCCUCUGUGCAGCUCUCGGUCACUGAUGUGGACGAAGACCCCGAGUUCAGCCUGAACGUCCUGGAGGUAACGGUCCCUGAAAACGUUACCAAGGGAACCGUCCUCCUCAAAGUGGACGCCAAGGACCCAGAGGGAAAAGAUAUUAGUUUUAAGUUGGAUGGAGAUCCUCAGGGCUGGCUGGAGGUGGACAGUGCCACUGGAGAAAUAAAGACCACAGAAAAACUGGACAGAGAAACACUGGAGACGUUCUCAGUCACUGUCACUGCCUUUGAGAAGGAUAACCCCGAGAAGUCUGCAGAGCGUGAGCUGUUUGUGCGGUUGUUGGACGUCAAUGAUCACUACCCCACAAUCUCAGACUCUAAAACUUUCAUUUGCUACAACAAACCAACUCCGGUCCUCAUCAAGGCUCAGGACCCAGACGCCCCUCCCUACUCUGAGCCAUUCACUUUUGCCUUUUCACAUGGCAAGAAGUCGCCCAACUGGGAUCUCACAACUGUCGAUGGCUCAACAGCUAAACUAACUCUGAAGAAGAGUCCAAAUGAGGAUAAAACCUUCACCCUGUCCAUUAAUAUUAAGGACAAUGCAGGAAUGGGCAUCAACCAGGCUUUUGAAGUGAAAGUGUGUAACUGCACAGAGCUGGGCUACUGCUAUGUUGCACCUGGGAAACAUAGCUUCAUAUUGGGAAUGGGAGCCACUGUUGGGAUCCUCGCCGGUGUCAUGGGAUUCUGCAUUAUCGCGUUUGUGGUUAUAGUCCGACGCAUUAACAAAAAGAAGAAGGAAGCGUCGAAUACCGAGGACGAGAGGAACGCCAUGAUGUAGAACAGAGAAACUAUAGUGCUAUUAUUAUUAUAAAUCAGAUUUUUUUUUAAAGUUAAAGAGUCUGAAACGUAUUUGUACAUUUGUUUGUUUUUUCCUCUGGUUUAUUUACAUUUUAUAUUAUAUUUAAUCAUGUCAGUCUCACCAUGGAGAUACACGCAUAGUACCGUUAUUGUAAGAGGAGGUUUUGAUUUGUUUUCUGCCCAAUCAUUUAUGUUCGCCCCUCAUUGGUUUAAUUUAUUUUAGUGUUGCAUUCUCAAAUGUUUUGCUUUUGUUCUAUGCCCCGAAAAUUGUAAACAUUUUGCUAACUCAAAGCUGAGGUACCUAAUCUUUUUAACUAUGAAAGAAGGAAGUAGGAAGUAUUUAAAUCUAGCAAACUUGUUCCUAGCUCACACAAACCAUUUUGCAAAUCACCAGUAUUCACACACAUGCAUUUUUUGUCCACUAGCAAAGCUUUAGGACAUCGUUUCCAGACAGAAGUGAGUCAGGGCCACUCUUAAAUCAUUGUACACUGACUAGCAAGUUUGCCAUAGUUGAAAAUGUUUUAUAAUUAUGACAGUGUGUAGCUGUGAUUUUUGUAAAGUAGUUCUGCUUUUAUAAAACAGUGUCUGAGGUGAAAGAACAAAAUUGACAUUGUGUACCUCAACUUUAAAUAUAGCAAACAGAUUGUCUUGGUUGUCAAAAUGCAUAUUAUAUGCUGCUGUUUUUGUUAGUCAGUCGGCUGUGAGCGAGUAUUACAUAAUUUUGUAAUGAGAAAUCACUGUUGACUGUCCGAAUAAACAAGGCGUCUCGGA